AUGGCGAACAAUCUCCACGGCGGACUCUUCGGCGAGAUCGUCUCGAUGGCAGUCGAGACCCUGCGCCAGCAAAAGGUGCGAUCGGCGCUCACCAUCCUGGGCAUCGUCAUCGGGAUCAUGUCGAUCGUCGGAAGCACGUCUCUCAUCCGGGGGCUGGACCAGUCACUACGGGACAGCAUCCGCGCCAUGGGACCGGACACGAUCUUCAUUACCAAAUUCUCAGCCGUCAGCAUGGGGUCGGGGCGUGAGCUGACCGAGCUGCUGCGACGACCCAACCUGACCCCGGGAGAUGCGGAGGCGCUGGCCGAUCAGACCGAGUCGCUCGACUCCGUCAACAUCGUCCUGGGCCAGGGCGGGAGCCCGACCAGGGAACGGGUCACGUACCAGUCCGAACGAUCGAAGCUGCUCAACGUCUUCGGGUCAACCGCGAACUACGCCGAGGUGUUCAACAACGAAGUGGUCGAGGGUCGGUUCUUCACGUCCGGCGAGACGCAGCGACGCGUGUCGGUCGUCGUGUUGGGCCAUGGCCCGGCACAGGCUCUGUUCCCGAACCUCGACCCGAUCGGCAAACGCGUACGCGUCGGGAACGCGCGUUAUACCGUCAUCGGUGUUCUCGGCGAAACGCCAAGUCCUGGUGGGUUCAACAUGGGGCAGGACGAUUUUGUCGUGAUUCCCCACACGACCUAUCAGAAACAGUUCGGGAUCCGAGCUCAACGAAUGUUCGGCGAGGAGAUGCGAGCGGUGAUGAUCGCCGCGGUCCCCCGCGAGGAGGCCGACCGCGAAGACGCCAUCGCCGACAUCGAAAGAGUGAUGCGCAUCAGGCACCGGCUUCGUCUUGACGAACCGAACGAUUUUGAACUCAUGACGCAGGAUGCCAUCCUCGCGCUGUGGGAUCAGAUCAGCGGUGCCACCUUCCUCUCAUUGAUCGUUGUGUCGUCGAUCGCGCUCCUGGUCGGUGGCAUCGGCGUCAUGGCAAUCAUGACGAUUUCGGUCACCGAGCGAACCCGCGAGAUCGGCACCCGCCGCGCGAUCGGCGCGAAAAAGAGGGAGAUCCUCUGGCAGUUCUUGAUCGAGGCCGGAUUCCUCACGGCCGUGGGUGGGAUCCUGGGUAUCUGCCUGGGCGCCGGUAUCGGCAUCGGCGUGCACUACGCCACGGGUUUCCCUGUCUCGCUGCCCUGGUGGUCGUUCGCACUUGGUCUGGGGUUUUCGGCAAGCGUAGGCGUCCUGUUCGGUUUGUUCCCCGCGAUCAAGGCCUCCAGCCUCGAUCCGAUCGAAGCGCUCCGUUACGAGUAG